GCGCAGUUUACGGAACCGGAGGCAGCGUGCACUGUCAAUUCGGUUGUCAAGAAAAAGCUUCUGGCGAAUGCUCGGAAUAACGGAACCGGCAGACAUGGCAGUGUUCUGGAUAUUAUUUGGAAUCAUCUGCUGCCAGUUUAUUACAGUGUCAGCUGAUGACAUUGUGGUGGCCUGCGGAGGGUUCGUGAAAUCCGACGUUGAAAUCAACUACUCGCUGAUCGAGAUUAAAGUGUACACCAAACAAGGGUCUUUGAAAUAUCAGACGGACUGUGCUCCCAUCAAUGGAUACUUUAUGAUUCCCCUCUAUGACAAGGGAGACUUUGUGUUGAAGAUUGAGCCGCCUCUUGGGUGGAGCUUUGAGCCCACCAGUGUGGACCUCUAUGUGGACGGGGUCAAUGAUAUCUGCACCAAGGAGCAGGACAUCAACUUUGUCUUCACUGGCUUCUCUGUCUCUGGAACGGUGCUAAGUAAAGGCCAAGUCCUGGGCCCAGCUGGGGUGGAGAUCAGCCUCACCAGGGAGGGAACAGGAGAAAAGCUGCAGAAUGUGCUCACUCAGCCUGGAGGAAAGUACACCUUCUCCAAAGUACUUCCUGGAAGUUAUGACAUCAUUGCUUCUCAUCCGUCCUGGACCUUGGAGCAGAGCGCUACGUCAGUGCGUGUGUCCAUUGCCAAUGCAGCGGCUGCAGAACAUCUGGUGGUGGGAGGGUACGAUGUCUCUGGGGAUGUCCGGAGUGAUGGGGAACCCAUGAAAAAAGUCACCUUCCUCCUCUACUCUGCCACAGUGAAGAAGGAGGACGUCAGUGUCUGUAACACAGCCCCAGUGGAUGGAGCCGAGUCUGGAGAUGACUCCCUGGUCUACCUGUGUAGCGCCCUGUCCCGAGAGGAAGGCAUCUUCUCCUUCCCCUCACUGGCCAGCGGAGACUACACUGUGAUUCCAUUCUACAGGGGAGAGAGGAUCACAUUUGACGUGGCACCUUCCAGAAUGGACUUCAGGGUGGAGCACAACAGCUUGAGGCUGGAGCCCAUCUUCCGUGUCAUGGGUUUCUCUGUGACUGGCAGGGUUCUCAACAGCCUGGAGGGGGACGGGGUACCUGACGCCACGGUAACCCUCAACAACCAGAUCAAAGUUCUGACCAAAGAGGACGGCUCCUACCGCCUGGAGAAUAUGACCACCGGUACCUACACCCUCCGCACGCACAAGGACCUCAUGUUUUUUGAGCCAAUCACAGUGAAGAUAGCUCCCAACACGCCUCAACUCCCUGACAUCAUCACUGCUGGGUUCAGUGUGUGUGGUCAGAUCGCUAUCACCCGUCUGCCAGAGAGCCUGAAGCAGCAGGGGCGUUACAAGGUGACCCUCACUCCCCUGGGACAGGACAACACCGCCACCCGCACCACCGACUCAGACCAGCAGGGGGCCUUCUGCUUCCAUGCCAAACCUGGAGACUACAGUGUUACCGUGUCUCUUCCUGAGGCGGAGGUGAAGGCUGGCCUGGCCCUGCAGCCUGCUGCUCUGGAGGUCUCCCUGGUGGACAGGCCCCUCUCCGACCUCCUCUUCACCCAGUUCAUGGCCUCCGUCUCGGGCAGGGUCUACUGUCUGGCAAACUGUGGUGACCUUUCGGUGACCCUGCAGCCGGUGAGUCGUCAGGGGGAGAGGAGGAGCGUGCUCCUCUCAGGGAGCGGUGACACCUUGGAAAUCUCCUUCGACAACGUUCUGCCUGGCAAAUACAAAGUGAGUAUCUCCCAUGAGGAGUGGUGCUGGAAGCUCAAGUCAGUGGAGGUGGAGGUGCUGGACUCUGACGUGCUGGGAGUAGAGCUCAGACAGAUAGGCUACAUCCUCCGCUGCUCCCUGUCCCACGCCAUCACCCUGGAGUUCUUUCAGGACGGCAGCAAGCCUGAGAACGUUGGCGUCUAUAACCUCUCCAAGGGGGUCAACCGCUUCUGUCUCUCCAAGCCUGGUGUGUACAAAGUGACUCCUCGAUCUUGCCACCAAUUCGAACAGGACUAUUAUACCUACGACACGUCAGCCCCCACUAUCCUGACCCUGACUGCAGUGAGACAUCACAUGACUGGCCUAAUCACCACUGAUAAGAUCCUGGAUGUCACGGUCACCAUCAAAUCCUCCAUAGAGUCUGAGCCAGCUCUGGUCCUAGGCCCUCUGAGAAGCCUGGAGGAGCAGAGACAGGAGCAGCAGCUGCAGGAGAUCGAGCUGCGGCGCCAGGAGAGGGAGAGACGUGCCCAAGAGGCUGAGGAUGGCGGUGACAGCCAGCCCCCCAUCCAAGAGCGAGCUGAUGAGCUCACCAGCCCCUUUCACUAUGAAUUUUCUUACUGGGCCAGGGCUGGGGAGAGGAUCACUGUGACUCCCUCCUCCAAGGAGCUUCUCUUCUAUCCGCCGGAGAUUGAGGCUACUAUCACUGGAGAGUCUUGUCCAGGGCGUGUGGUGGACAUCGCGGGGCGCGCUGGUCUGUUCCUGGAGGGCCAAGUGACUCCAGAACUGCAGGGGGUGGAGAUCUCCAUCACCGAGAGAGGAGCCAAGGCCCCCCUCAUCACCGUCGCCACCAAUGAGAACGGGGCUUACAGUGUUGGUCCCCUGCACAGUGACCGUCACUAUGACGUCAGUGCCAGUAAGGAGGGCUUCAUCCUCAGCACUGUAGAGGGAACCCAGGGAGACUUCAAGGCCUUCGCCCUGGCUGGAGUCACCUUCAAGAUCAAGUCAGAGGAUGGUCACGCUCUGUCUGGAGUCCUGCUGUCUCUCAGUGGAGGAUCGUUCAGAUCCAACCUGCUCACCCAGGACACUGGUGUCCUCACCUUCAACAACUUGAGCCCAGGCCAGUACUACUUCAAGCCCAUGAUGAAGGAGUUCAGGUUUGAGCCAGCCUCUCAGAUGAUCACCGUCGAGGAGGGACAGAACCUCAGCAUCGACAUCACCGGAUUCAAAACCGCAUACAGCUGCUACGGGGCAGUUCAGUCCCUGAGUGGAGAUGCUGAGAGGGACGUGUCAGUGGAGGCAGUGGGACAGGCAGAGUGUAGUAUCUACAGCGAGGACACAGUCACUGACGAGGAGGGACGCUUCAGGCUCAGGGGCCUGCUGCCUGGCUGUAGAUACCUGAUCCAGCUGAGAGCAGAGGGCAACGACCACAUCGAGAGAGCCCUCCCUCAGCACCGCUCCAUGGAGGUUGGGAGCACCGACAUCGUGGGAGUCAACAUCAUCGCCUUCAGGCAGAUCAACCAGUUUGACCUGAGUGGGAACAUCAUCACCUCACCAGAACACCUGCCCACCCUCUCUGUGAAGCUGUAUAAGAGUGACAACCUUGACAACCCCAUCAACAGUGUGUCUUUGGGACAGUCCCUCUUCUUUCACUUCCCGCCUCUGGACAGGGAUGGAGAGACCUAUGUGUUGAUGCUGCACUCCACACUGUCUCGCUCCCAGUACGACUUCUCUCUGCCCCAAGUCUCCUUCACCUCUACAGGCUACCAUAAGCACAUCACUUUGACCUUCAACCCCAAUCGUAAAGUUCCUGACCAGGAUGUAGCCCAGGGCUCCUACAUAGCUCUACCCCUCACUCUACUGCUCCUGCUGGCAGCCUACAACCAUGAGAAGGUGAUCCCCCUGCUGCUGCAGCUGGUGAGCCGUCUGCAGGGGGUGCGUAGCCUGAGCCAGGCCGGUGGGGACAACGCUGCCCUGGACGAGGCCAAACGCCAGGCCAAGAGACAGAAGACCCGACGCACAUGAUCCAUAGCCCUAACAUCUAGCAUGUAAACUACCCCAACAGGAACCACAGACAUGUUGUGUCUGAAAUUCCGCCUUAUUCCAUGUAUAGUGCACUACUUUUGACCAGAACCCUAUGAGAGUAGUGCACUAUGUAGGGGAUAGGGCCAUUUCAGUCACAGCCAUACUGUACCAUAGAAUACUUUACCAUACUAUACCCAUAGCCAACCAGGCUCAUUGGACUGAUGUUACCAGCAGGGGUUCUAUGGAAGAGUCUAUGGAAGACUGGCUGUGUAGUUCUGUUCUGUGGGACUCCUUCGUUUUAUAGAACACUCAUCAGAAGUAUUAAGAAGAAUCCAUUUUGUCGAUAUGUAUAUGAGCCAUCAUUGUUUUUUCUGUUGUUUUUUUACAUUUGUAAUGAAUGAAUUGUCAAUUGAGAAAAGAA